CAAAUGGUCGUUUCCUUCCGUGUUUUAAGAUCAUCGUUUUGCUUGCUCAAACUACGAAUUAAAUACCUUCCUUUUUUUUUUAUCCGUAAUAAUUCUAUCGGAGAGACACUAGAACAAUAAUCCAGCGGCAAACAAUGGCGGAUCCUUACUGGAGAUACGGAGCUUCUGCUGACAGAGCUAGUAUCCUGAGGCCACCUUUACCUGGUUAUCUAACAUCAGAAGCAUCAACCUUACAAUCCCGAACUCCAUUUGCAUCCCAUGAUCUACUAAGCAACUCAUCCAAUUUCCUACUUAAAGAUAGUUUGGUUUCACGCCCUGGUGAAUAUGUUCCUGAAUAUGUUCCAGAAUCUGUAUAUAGUGGAUAUGGUGGUGGUGGAGCAACAAGCUUUAAUGGUUAUUCAGAUCCAUAUUUAUCUGGAAGAAGAGAUGCAACUCCAGGGAUGCUUAAUGAAAGACAUGGCUCUUUGAAGGAUGAUGAGUUAACAGAUGGAAUUAUGCAAUCAAAUGUCUUGUUUGUAGAUGGGCUUCCAAAUGAUUGUUCUAGAAGAGAAGUUUCUCAUCUGUUUCGACCUUUCUUUGGGUUCAAAGAAAUCAGAGUUGUGCACAAGGAGCCAAGAAAUAGGGAGGAGAAGGCCAUGGUUUUGUGUUUUGUUGAGUUUGAAGAUGCCAAAUGUGCCUUUACUGCUUUGGAAUCCCUUCAAGGUUACAAGUUUGACAACAAGAAACCUGACUCACCUGCCUUAAGGAUACACUUUGCUCAUUUUCCAUUUAAACUGCCUUCUAAUGACCAACACAUUCCAGUUUCUCACUAAAUUUACUUUUUUUUUUUUUUUUUUUU